AUGACACGCGUCAAUGAUAAGCCGAUUUUUGGGCAGGUCCAAAUCCAUAGUGGAGAUUUGAUUCAAGUCGGUGGCUCACCUCCAUUCGUAUUUGAUAGUGAAUGGAUGUUCGGUACAAGGCCGAAUUCCGCAAAAAAGGGGGCCGGGCUUCCGGUUACGGUACCCAAUGGACCAGAAAAAGACGCUCCAAUGCUGCCAAUGAUCACCGGGAAGAAAAUCCAUCCACAACUGAGUCUUUCGGAUUCUGCGGCUGCCAUGAAAAAACGGUCAGAAUAUUCGAGAUUCUCAAAAUCUGGACCAAAUUCUGAAAGUCUCCGGUCCUCGGCGUCUUCUACAGAAUCUCGAGCGUUCUACAGUAACCCAAGGUCUAUAGGAAAUAAUUUGCUACAGAGAGUUGUCAAACUGCAAGCGGAACUGAUGGAAAAGGAUGAGAAGGUUGUUUUCAUUUUUGAAAUUCUACAGCUUUUUUUUGUUUUUUCAUGGUUAUAA